UUGCCUCAGGACGAGGCUUAGGCAUGGAGAUGGGUGGCUGGGACGCCUGCGGAGUUUCAGUAGGAAUGGACCCUGCAGGUGGAACUGGGGCCAGAACUCCAGGGGGCUGGGAGAGGACGAGGGAGACCGCAACUUCGGUUGCUCUGAUGAAAAGAAGUGAAGAAUUGAUAACUAAACUUCAUGAUCAAGAAGAAAUAAGUAUUCUUCGUUGCUGGAAAUGUAGAAAAUGUAUAGCAAAUUCUGGUUGCUUCAUGAAAUAUCUUGAGAAUCAAGUGAAUACGGAUAAACAUCAACAUUCAGGUGAUGAUCAGAAUGUUUGUCACGUGUGGCACAUGAAUGUAGAAGCACUUCCUGAAUGGAUUAAUGGCCUGAUACAAAAAGCCCAGUGGACAGUUGGAAAACUGAAUUGCCCUUUCUGCGGGGCCCGUUUAGGGGGCUUUAAUUUUGUCAGCACUCCAAAAUGUUCCUGCGGCCAGCCUGCAGCUGUGCAUCUCUCCAAGAGCCGGACCGAUUAUCAGCCAGCACAGGCAGGCAGUCUAAUGAGACCUUCGCUGAAAUACUGGUCACAUCCUAGAGUUCAGUCAGGUUGUGACAAGGAAACUCGCCUGACAGGUGGUGGCUCCCAAAACAGAAAUCAUAGGCUUUUAAACAUGGCCCUAAAUAACGAUGGCCCCGGAAGAUUAACAGAAGCACUCUGCCUGGAGGUACGAUCAACGUAUUUCCAGAUGAAGAACGAAAAACUGCUCUUCAGAACAAAUCCAAAAUACCAGCUUUUUGUUCCCCAGCUUUUGACUGGAAAAUGCACUACAAGAGCUUUUCAUAGAAAAUCACAUAGUUUGGAUCUGAACAUCAGUGAGAAACUGACUUUAUUACCCACUUUGUAUGAAAUACAUAGUAAGACUACUGCCUAUCCCAGGCUCAAUGAAACACGGCCUGUUGACCUUUCAGGUUUGCCUUUACAAUCUGCUAAAAAUAGCUGUUCCUUUCAGAAUCCAUCCAGUUUUGAUCCUAACAUACUGCUGCAAAGAUUUUCAGUGGCUCCCCAUGAGACCCAGACACAAAGAGGAGGUGAAUUUCAGUGUGGUCUAGAAGCUUCUUCCGUGUAUUCUGACAAUGCCAAUACUACUAGCAACCUGACGUUUCUCAUGGACCUGCCCUCGGCUGGCAGGAGUGUGCUGGAGACCUCAGACCACGAAGAGCACCUCUCCCCUCUGGACUUCCUGCGCUCGGCCAGCUUUCCAUUGGGCGCCAUUAAUCAGAGGCUAAAUAAGAGAGAGAGGAGCAAGUUGAGGAAUCUACGAAGGAAACAACGACGGCAUGAAAGAUGGCUACAGAAGCAGGUUAAAUACCCAGGAGUGGGAUUGCUGAAUCACAUGACUUUGAAUAAUGAGAUGAGUACAGAUGAUGAAAACGAGUAUGCAGAAGAGAAGGAUAGCUACAUCUGAGAAAAAAAAGAGAAAAUCUUAAAUGUUCUCACUAUGCCAAAAAAUUGUGAUGGGCACGUAAGUAGGUUACGGACUCUGGCCAAAGACAAUCCUGCAAGCACUCCCUGCCCAUUGUGUCGGACAAUUAUAUCUAGAGUCUUUUUCCAGACAGAACUGAACAAUGCUACAAAAACUUUCUUCACUAAAGAAUAUUUAAAAAUAAAACAAAGCUUUCAAAAAUCAAGUUCUGCAAAAUGGCCCCUACCAAGCUGCAGAAAAGCAUUUCAUCUUUUUGGCGAAUUAGAUUCCGCUUUUGCCGUACAAUACGUGUACAAGUGUGAAAUGUACUUCAGGUUUCCACAGACGGGCAGCUCCAGUUACAAGAAGGCAGUUCCCACAUGGUGCACACAGAAUGGAUUAUCUGCACUUUGAGGAUGAUAGCCGUGGAUGGUGGUUUGACAUGGAUAUGGUGGUCAUCUAUAUUUAUUCAGUGAACUGGGUCAUUGGAUUCAUUGUGUUCUGCUUUCUUUGCUAUUUUUUCUUUCCGUUUUAGGAAUUUUCGUACCUUACUAUAAUUGAACAAUCAUAAAUGAUGUAAAUAACAAUUGCUUAAACCUUUUUUAAAUGUGCUUUGAAGUUUUUAUAAUAUUGCAUUGUAUAAAUUGUUGGUGUUUAUAAAAAGCCUGAGAAUAAUGGACUUAUUUAUUAAUGAUUUUCAUUAACAAACUAAACUUUACCCAAGAGCUAACCUAGCCAGCACUUAGCAACAAUGUUCUAUUAAUAUCAUAGUUCUUGGUUUAGGGUUUCGGGCUCCACUUUUACAAUGUCAUUUUUAUACUUAUCCUCAUUGUACAGACUGAGAUUUUGUCUCCACUUAGAAUAGUAAAAUACAAAAUGAAAUGAUAAUCUGGACAGACAGUGUAUCUUGAUGGCUAAAAUAUUUAGUCAAUCACCAUUUAUUCUCAGGCAAAUUAUAUAUAUUAAAGAUAAGUAAUAUUCUCUGGGAACUAAUUUAGCAGGGUAUAUUCAGGUUUGGUUCCCAGUUAUCUCUGCCUAUGCCCCCUUCUAUUAUCAAGAAAACUUACCAUCCUAUUUGAACAGACCUAAAAAUAUGUUUAGUGUAACAGUUUUAGUUAUUAUAAGCAACAGUAGUAAAUACAAACAAUGAGACUAAUGCCCAUCAAUAGACAUUUCAGAGAACUAUGUUAAAAUUUUCCAAAUUGCAGGAUGAAUCACCUGAAAAUAUUUUUAAAAAUUACCGGCUUUCAGGAGUCUAAUAAAACAAUGCAUGUCCAAAAUGUAAUUUAGUGAUUCAUUGAACUAAAAUAUUGUUAAAUAUAUUGUUAAUGUGCAAUAAAGAGUGACUUUUAAACUUU